UAUGUUGUGUCUUCAGAAAACCUGUUUGAGAUCGUUCUCACCAUUUGUCGCUUCGUGUUCAAUGGUGUGGUCUUGAUAGUGGAUUGUUUGCAAAUGUGCUAAAUGAAUCUCUCGCCAUAAAGCAUCGAACUGUCAUUCAGGCAAUCGUAGAACAAUACGUGAAUUCAGUCGGAAUCUUAUGUUUGCAGUGCAGUUUCUGGGAUGGUAGAGUUGCACAUGGACGGAAUUGUUUAUUUAUUUUAGGCUAUCUAAAUGCUAUGAUAUUCGUUCAUUUAAAAUAAACGCUAUCACUAUCGACCAAUUUUGAAGUUUUUAUAUAAUUUAAUUCCGCAUAAAAGCAUCCAAUAUAGUUCUCAAAAAAAAGUGUAUGUAAUGAACCGCGUUGAUUAAAUCUGCGAGUGUGAUAUUAUUAUACAGUGUAUUUAUCGAUUUAUGGUUUUCAAUCUCAGGUAAUUUUAAUUGAUAUAUAGUUACCUUCAGUUCUCGUACACUCACGUGUAGACAGACUGCUUGGUGAAGAAUAACAAACAUGUGGAUUUACAGGUGUAUCAGCGUGCAUUUGGUGUUUGCAGUAUUGGAAUGGAACACAGAUGGUGCACCGGAAGUAUGUCAACCGCGCCACCUGAACAUACCCGCGACCAGAGAGUGCCAGAAACCGUGCAUCCGGGACAGCGACUGUCGGUCCGCUCGGAAGAAAUGUCGCUGCGACGGGAUAUGUGGCCUCAGCUGUAUUAAAACCGGAACGGAGUGCUCCACUCUGGCGGACAUCCCACACGGACGGGUUGCAAUGAUACCGAACAACAAAUUCGGCGCCGUGGCCCAGUAUAUGUGCAAUGAAGGCUAUAAACUGAAAGGGGAUCCUGCGCGGGUCUGCCAGGGGGACGAACAAUGGAGUGGAACCAUACCGCAGUGCUUUUUGGAUUACACAGCAGAGAAGCCAAAGUGCGGCCCAGCGCCGGUGGUCCUCAAUGCGCACCACAACGGCGACGCAGACCGGAAGUUUUACGACCAAGGGACCAUGUUGCAGUAUGCGUGUCUUCAAAACUACCUCCUGAGCGGGGACUCCGUGACACGCGCCUGGUGCGUGCAGGAGGGCAAGUGGGCGGGGCCGAACAUGACCUGUACGGCGGACGCAACGUGGUGUAGCCGCCUGGAGAACAUCGAGAACGGGUGGGUGGAACAGGCUACAAUGACGGCGGUAGGGGGUCGGGCAACGUACAACUGCCAGAGAGGGUACCACCUUGCGGGGCGGGCAGAGCGUUCCUGCCUUGCCGGGGGUUACUGGGACGGGGUGCCGCCUAGCUGCGAGAAAGUCACUUGCAAGAGGCCGCCAGUUGUCGAGAACGCCAUGCACAACGGCGACCCCGCGCAGGAUAUGUACCCUUCCGGUCGCCAGCUUAUGUACGCGUGCGCGCACGGUUUCCAUGGUGACGGAAACCCUCAGGUGAUGUGUAACGGCGACGGGAACUGGGUUGGGCUGACACUAACUUGUUCACCCGUGAGCUGCGGUUUCCCGGGUGACGUCGACCGCGGCCACCGCACGGGCUUUGCUUUCACCUUCCCCAACUCAGUAACGUACCAUUGCAUGGAGGGCUUUCUAAUUCAGGGAGACAGCGUGCGCACGUGCAAGGAGAAUGGAAUCUGGAGCGGAAUCCUACCCGCGUGCAUGCCCGUGGUGUGCCCCACUUUGCGAGCCCCACUGUUCGGGCAAAUGUACGGUAACAGCAACGAGUACGGAAGCGUGAUACGGUUUCAGUGCAACGAGAAAUACCGGAUGGUCGGUUCCAAGGAGAGACGGUGCCAAGCGGACCGGACAUGGAGCGGGGAAACCACCAAAUGUGAAGAAAUCGACUGCGGAACGCCAAGUCCCUUUUACAACGGGUAUCUGAUUGGCCAUGAUACGAAGGUUGGCGGGAACUUGUUCUUUAGCUGCAAAAUCCACGCCACGUUCCAAGGCUCCGCCUUUCAGACGGUUUGCCUCGAGACGGGCGAGUGGUCUACACCCCCACCUAUUUGUUGGGGCCAAUGUCAAAUACCAAGCAUUCCUAACGCGACGCUCGAAGGCGGGCGCGUGGACACGUGGGUGAACCACAACACGACCAUCCAGUUCCGGUGCCGUGGAGGCCUGGUAGGAAGAGGAGGCGGCACAAUGCGCUGCGACAAUGGUACCUGGUCCGAGACGCCCGAAUGCAUCCCAGCACCGUGCGAGAGCCAACCCCCGCACGUGCACAACGGUAUGCGUGUGUUCAUGGGCCAGGAGCAUGGGCUGAAGGCGCGCUACAUGUGCUUCGCGGGCUACAAACUUACGGGAAUUAACGGGAGUUACCUCACGUGCAACUUCGGAGAGUGGGAGGGUGGCAGGCCGCAUUGCGAAGAAUUUUUCUGCAUCAAUCCUUUCAACGUGACGGGCGACAUCGCACAUGGAACGAUCAACAAAAAGGUACACAAGGGCCGCCUCCAGUUCCAGAAAUACAUCUACUCCAUCCGCCACGGGGACCGGAUAGAGUUCCAGUGCAACGCUGGUUUCCGGCUUGCUGGGCACUCGGGCGCCACGUGCGUUGACGGUGAGUGGCGUCCGAAGCUAGGGAACGGCUCGUCCAUCUGCGUCCCAGGUGUACAUCCACCUUUCCGGAACCUCUGGCGCGCAACUGAUAACUUAAGAAAUUAGCGGCGCCAAUUUUUAUAUUUUGUUCAUCAAGCAAAAUUGUUGCUAUGUAUUAAAAUGCGGGGUUCUUGUAUUGUAUUUAUGUCGUAUUUUUUGCACGGGCUUUUCCAGAAUCACUGCCGCGAAAGUGACCAUUUUCGAAUAUCGCUGAAAUUUCAUGGUCAUUUAACAAUAAUAUCUUCGUGAAUUCCUCUUCCGAGUUACCUUGCCACUGUGAUUAUUCCUUUGAUCUUUUUACAAAUUUAUUAUAGCAUUCUAUCAAAUGUGUACUGAAUUUAUAUUGUUAUUAUUUAGUAACAUACAAAUGUAUACACUCCUUUGUUAUUUGAUUAACAUUUUUCAAUUAAAGUUUUGCAUAAUUGAUCGUAAGAAAAUCGAACUAACUCGAAAAUAUUUAAGGUAGUCUUACGUAGUUUGCGUAAAGUGGCUCAGAAAUAAGCAUUUUGCAUAUGUAAGUGUUCGUCAUGAAAAUAUAACCCCGUAUAUAGAUUUUACAAGGGGGCUAUCUUUCGCAUCUGCUAUUAUGUAUUAUUAUUAUUUAUUCAUUUUUUUAUCAGGCAUAUAAACUAUAUGUAAGAUUAUGAGACUCGUCAAGAUGCAGAAAGACUUUCAUUUUUGCUGAUGAUAUAGCGCUAUCUACGACUGUCUAGCCUACAUGUCUGGUAUGUGUUUAUAUACUUUCUCCCAAAAAUGCGAUAUAAACAAUAAAUGUUAAAAACAAUAAAGUCUGCAUAUAUAACAUGAAAACUAUGAAAAACUUUAAAUGGUCCGUAACAAAUGAGAACAUUUCAAUUGUUAACUUAUUAACUUACCUACAUUCUGGCGAAAAAUAAUGUAUUCACCAAACCGAUUAAUACCUAUGGACGCUAAGAACAGACAGUAUAACAUACUAUUAUCCAAUGCUUAAACAACGACAUCGAGAUCAAUACGCCAAAGCAUGGUGUAAUAUUACAAAUGUGCAAUGUAAGUUGAUGUGUUUGUGUAAGAUUAAGACAAAGAUUAUAAGCUUGAAAAAAAAUUGAAUGUGCUAGUAAUGAUUGCCAUAGAAUAGCUCUGACAAGAUUUAGAGAAAGCACUCUACUCGCUCAUUUGAAAUAGAAACUGGAAGAUUUGAUACCAUUGCUUAAGAAAAAAGAAAUGUAAACUAAGUAUCACUAACAUAGUUGAACCAGAAUAUCACCUUUUUUUGGUCCGCGAUCUCUAGAUUAUAGCAUAUAUUUACCCUUUUUAACAAGGUACACAAGUUCAAAUAUAUAUAAUGUCAAGCAAUAACAAAAUACAAAUGCGAAAUAUGUCUAACUUUAUUUAUGAUGCUAUUUUUAAACGAAACGAUAGCCUUGGUAGUUUGUUACUGUGUUGUUUCUUGAUAACACUAUCGAGGUAAACCAAUUAUGUGUUUACGUACUUAUUUAACUAUCUAUUUAUGUGAAAUGCUGUUUGAUUAGUAUAUCAGUUUUAAGGUAAUCUGUGUGUAUAUUUCAUUACUAUAUUUGCUGAUUCUGUCAAUAAACUGAAUCAUAUA